GACUUGCCUUGAGAAUCGCUAACAAUCAGAUCAUGGAGCUUGGAUACAGUAUAAUUGGAGGAUCUAAUAAUUAUUCUAACGUAUUUUGGAAGGUGACUGCCAAUUAAUCAUGAAGCUUUCAAUCUAGAAGCAGUCCAAAGGGGUAAUUUGGUCAAAGUAAAAAGUCAACUUUGUCGAUUUCCAUGUUCUUCUUAAUCCCAAAGCUUUGCAAUUUUCUUCCUCCUUUUUUGUAUGCUUAUAUUCGGAGAAGAAGAGUCUUGGGUAAACGCGUCUCAACCUCGAAGCAUAUCAAUCAAUCCUUUCAUCUUCUUCUUCUGAUUGAUCUCAAUACUUCAUAUCGAAGUCUCUCUCUCCCUAUUCAAUCAUUCAAUACACAAAGUGACAACAACAAUAACCACCAACUUGGUCGGUUGGUCUGCAAAUCAAUUCUUUAUAAUCAAAGCCGCAGAUUUUUUCUGGUAGAAUUCGAAGACACAAUGCUUCACAAGAGCUUUAAACCCGCCAAAUGCAAGACAUCGUUGAAGCUGGCGACGGCUCGGAUAAAGCUACUAAAGAACAAGAAGGAAGCACAAGUGAAUCAGCUGAAGAGGGAAUUGGCUAAAUUGCUCGAGUCUGGGCAAGACCAGAAUGCUCGAAUUCGGGUUGAACACGUAGUCAGGGAAGAGAAGAUGAUGGCAGCAUAUGAUCUUAUCGCCAUAUAUUGUGAACUUAUUGCAGCACGUUUGUCAAUCAUCGAGUCACAAAAAAGCUGCCCCAUUGACUUGAAGGAAGCGAUUGCAAGCAUAAUAUUUGGAUCUCCAAGAUGUGCAGACAUACCAGAACUUCUGGAUGUCCGCAAGCAUUUUACAGCAAAAUAUGGAAAAGAGUUCACAUCUGCUGCUGUUGAGCUGCGUCCAGAUUGUGGAGUAAGCCGCAUGUUGGUUGAGAAGUUAUCUGUUAUGGCACCUGAUGGGCAGACUAAGAUCAAGAUCUUGAGUGCCAUUGCAGAGGAACAUAACAUCAAAUGGGAUCCUACAUCAUUUGGAGAGAAAGAUUCAAAGCUUCCUGGUGAUUUGCUGAAUGGACCAAAUUCUUUCGAGAAGGCUGGUAAGAUGAAUGCAGAGUUUCCUAAUGUUCGAGGUCCAAAUGUCCACGCUCCACCCAGUCAUGACCAAAAGCAUGAUUCAUCUGUAAACUCCUUUGAUCAAAUCUCGAGAUCUUCACCAAGUAGCCAAAAUUAUUCUUCCACUGAUAUUGAUGGUAAUAAAACAAUGCCUACUUCUCACCCUGAAGUGAGACCUUCAGGAACUGGACCUGAGAGGAUGGAAGUCAGGCAAUCAUUUUCCAGGGAUGGGAAUGCUUUUCCAAUGGGUAGGCAGAAUUGGAAUAUGGAAUUUAAGGAUGCAACCUCUGCAGCACAGGCAGCUGCCGAGUCAGCAGAACGAGCAAGUAUGGCCGCUAGAGCUGCUGCGGAACUGUCAAGCCAUGAGAGGAUUACCAGGCAACAUUCCACAGAAUCACAGAAGUCGAAUGCUCAUGGUAUAAGAGAUGAAGGGCCUAGAAAGUAUGCUGCUUCAAAGUUGCCAGGUGAAUAUCAUGCUAAAGAUUCAGUGAAUAAUUCCUUUAAUGAUAGAAAUUCUAAGUUACAGAAUGAGCGAAUCUAUGGGAAUGAAUAUGAUGACCUGGUGAAUGUUUCUGAGAGAUUUCACCGUGACGGUCAUGGUAGUAGAAAGAGAUCUAGCCAAUCUGCUUCCAUGAGGCCGAGCAAAGCUUCAACUGACAGUGACACAUUGGUGAACAGUUUCAAAAGGGUAGACAAAUAUUCUCAGGAUUGCUCAUCUGAAGACGAGGCUGUAAAAGCAAAUGAGAGUGUCUCCUUUUCCGAAAUGAGUAUAAAGAAGCAGUCCAGUAACUCUGAUGUAGAAUUUGUGACUGGCCGACAGGAUGCUUUAAAAUCUGAGGAAAAUUAUUUUGGAGAAGAAAGGUUUAGAAAACAACCCACCAGCAUUUCCUAUCAUUCCUGUUCAAGCACUUUAGGAUGUGAUAAUACAGUUUUAAAUUCCAACUGCCAGAACUUCAGGAAUGAUGUUGAUGAGGCCUCUUCUGUGGGCGUUGACCAAGAGAACAUUCAUAGAUACAGUACACAAACAAGCUCAUAUGAUAAUGCUAGUGUAGUUUUUGAUGACGGUGGUUCAGAUGAAGAUGAUUAUAGGUUAGAUAUAGGGCCCAAGUAUGGCAGACAGGAGUCCAAAUUGUAUUUCCCAUCACCAGAUGAAAAAUCACCUACCCAUCUCUCACCAAAUGUAGACCCUUGGAGCCCCAGAAGAAGUGUGAGUGGAUCAUUGGAAAAGUCAACUUCAUGGUCACACCUUUUUGCAGAUCCUUUGAAACCAUAUAACUCGUCGCCUGCAAUUUUUGAUGAUUCAGAUGGUCCUAAUUCAGAAUGUGAAGAUGAAUUGGACAAGGGCAGGCAUGGUGGGAUGCUGGACUCUAGUAUGAAUCCUCGGAAGCAGAAUGUUUACUCCAGAAACUCGGAACCGACACAGAGUGUGAGUCAUGGAUUAGCAGGAUCCUCAUUUGCAGAUAAAGGAAAUUCAAGGUCUGACAGAAAGCCAUUGUUAUAUCCCUCUUCUGAUUAUUUGGACUCCGUGGACGUGCAGGCAAAGAACAAUCCAGGAACAGAAAUAAAUGCUGAUAUUCAGAAAAAUUUAAGUGUGGGACAGUUGUCCGCCAGUCAGGAGUCUCCCAGACAACGGAAGUCGCGAUUGGAUUUGAAUGAUGUGAGCAGUGAAUCAAAUUUCCGGAGUCCAUUCGAUGAAGGAAACCGGCAGCAGGCCUCGCAAUCUUCAAGGCUUUCAUCAUUCCAUGAAGUUAAGGACAAUGUUCACACAUCGCAAUCACAUGAUACAUUGAAAGAUUACGAAUUUCCAAACCAAUCUAGUUCAGAAGGUGGAAAGGAGUUGAGCUUUGGGAUAUUGACAGGUGGCCUUCGGAAUAAGGGUUAUAGACAUCCACCUUAUAAUAGGAGUCCUUCAGGUGGUGUCUCAUCUUCAUCCAAAGAAGUGGCCGAGGAUAAUAGAUCAAGCACCAUUGAGAAAUCAAAUACUUCCUUAUCAGUCAAUAGUUCUAUUGGUUCUGGAGUGAAGCCAAAAGUAAACAACAGAUCAGGCUCAAGAGCCUCGAUUAAACAUUAUGAUUCAGAUUCUGACAGUUCCGAGGAGGAAUUCCAACAACGACGAGAACCGUACAAUCAGAAAGCAGAAAAGGAAGUAAAAACAAAAUCAAGCACCAUUGAGCAAUCAAAUGCUUCCUUCUCAGUCAGUAGUUCUUUUGGUUCUGGAGUGAGGCCAAAAGUAAACAACAGAGCAGGCUCAAGAGCCUCAAUUAAACAUUAUGAUUCAGACUCUGACAGUUCUGAGGAGGAAUUCCAACGACGACGAGAACCGUACAAUCAGAAAGCAGAAAAGGAAGUAAAAACAAAAUCAAGCUUAAGAACUCAAGUUACAUAUUUUGAUUCUGAUAAUGGUGAUUCUGAGGGGGAUCUCCCCAAACAAACUUCUACCAGCGUAAGCCGUUCAGGAAGUGGACUUUCUCGAAGGACAAAAGCUCUUUCUUCUAAUUCUGAAACAAGUUCUUAUUCUAAGGUUAAAAUUGGAUCUGAGGCAUCGAUAAAUUCUGAUGAAAGGAAUCGCAGGAAUACCUAUGGUACUGAAGUUCCACCUAAGUCCAGGACACAGACAGUGAUCUCAGGUUACUCGGGUCGUUCUGAGCAGUCAAGCUCUACGAAACUAGCAGCCUCUGAGCUAAUGACAGAAUCUAAGGCCUCAUCACGUGAGGACAAGGCAUCAGCAAUAAAACAAUCAUCUAGCCAUCUUCAACAGACAGUGACAUCUGGUAGCACUGGAAGUCCAAAGACAUCUUCCAGCAAGGAGACGUUACCUGGGGAUAAUUCUGAAAAAAGAGCUAGCCGUGUUCAUUCUAAGCUGCCGUCAUCAGCAAUGAAACAAUCAUCUAGCCAUCUUCAACAGACAGUGACAUCUGGUAGCACUGGAAGUCAAAAGACAUCAACUCCUGGCAGGGAGACGUUACCUGGGGAUAACUCUGAAAAAAGAGCUAGUCAUGUUCAUCCUAAGCUUCCUGACUAUGACACAAUAGCUGCCAAAUUGCAGGCUAUGCGGCUGAACCGCCAAUGAAGAUUAGGUAGUCACACAUGACUAUGCAAUGGUGGUAUUCUCUUACACACUGCAUCUGUGAACGGACAAACUCGAAGGUUAUAGAAUUUUGUAAGACAGUAUAAUUUUUAUUUUUAUUUUUUUGGUUUAGUCUGCAAAUUCGUGAGCAUGUUUUAUUUAUUUAUUUAUAAUUCUUUUAUUUUUUAUUUUUAUAUUUUUUCCUUUUGUGCAGUCUGAAUUCGUGAUUACAUUGCUUUUUAUAAAGUAUUGUAAUGAAAUAAAUUUUUUAUUUGGGGGAGUGGAAAUUCAAGUUGUGUAAUGAGCUGCUGUGUUAAGGCCUCAAGAAUUCUAUUAUGUAAAUGGCUCUAUUCAGCCUGAUA